AUGCUCAGGAUAGUCCAGCGGAACGUACUGGCACCUCGAGUUCGAUUGCUCUCGACUGCACCACCAUCAGCACCACCACCACGGCAGAAACGAUACCUCGGAACGCUGACAGCUGUUGCAGUAGCCUCUGUGGUUGCGGGCACGCUUGGGGCCAUCUACCCACCACCUCCGUUAAGCAUUCUCUUCCCUAGAGUUGCACCCGGCCCCCCUGCCGAACCCGACUCUCCGGAAUCCAAAGCGUAUACGCAGAACUUGGAAGAAAAGCUUCAGACGCUUCCGUUACUCAAAGCGCUUAGGGAGAGUGAAGAUGCCAAGGAUUGGUAUGAGACGCGACCGUAUCAGAAUUUCCCUGAGGAGAGGAGGGUAAACAACCUAACGGCUGGUGCCUUGAGAGGUCCGGGAAAACUUGCUUUGCUGCCUUUAAUCAGAGUAAAGCACGAUGAAUCAGAGAGCAUCGUAUUUUUGCACCUGGGAAGAGGAAUGUGUGGCCACGAUGGGAUCAUACACGGCGGUCUGUUGGCAACUCUGUUGGAUGAGACCCUUGCGCGAACGGCCAUUAGCAAUCUUCCUGAGAAAGUGGGCGUUACCGCACAACUCACCCUGAAUUACCGGGCCCCGACCAUGGCUGACCAGUUUGUGGUCAUCAAGACACGUAUCCAGGAUGUCAAAGGUCGCAAGGCCUCAGUCACCGGUCGUGUUGAAGACCUGAGCGGAACUUUGCUGGUGGAAGCUUCUGCAACCUUUGUGCAGCCCCGAUAUGCGAAGCUCUUGCAUUCUGCGCAGCUGCGAAAGGCGAUGGGAGAGCCACCAGCGUCGAAAGACCAUGAAGAACCUGUUCUGUUAGCCGAUGGUCAAGACCUGAACCCAAAGCACAAACAUAGAUGA